AUGCCCAAGAAAUUCGUCCCACGACAGAGGAAGCACAAGGUGCUCGCAAGGCAAAAGGCCAGCGCAGGUGCUCAGGACGACGACGCUGGUUCGGCCCAGGUCGACAGCAAUGCGCUGGAGAUUAUCCCUUCCAAGAAGGAUGUGGAAACGAAAAGGCUUAGAGACGAGCUGAAGGAUCAGGGCGUCAAAGUUACUGGGCAGAAGGCCAAGCGACUGGAGAAGUACAUCGACAACAAACUCAAGAAGGACGAAAACCGUACCCUGCUGGCCAAGUUGGCCAACAACAAGGUCGACACUAGUUUGUUCUUCAGCACUCGCAACCUGGGCCAGGGCAAGGAAACGAAAAAGCAAGGAUUGAAAAGGGCCCACAAGGAGCACCAAGCUGGCCUUCGUGACGACGAGGACGAUGAGCUGUUCGAGAAGCGCGACAGCCCGGACAGCGAUUAUGAAGUGUCAGCCGACGAGCAGGAGGCCCCAAUUCCCUCAUCCUCCAAGACCAACGCAAGCCAGAGCAGCGCUGCAGACGUUAGCAGUGCGCCUUCCACAGCACCUCAAGUUACAAGCGCACCUCCGAGCACUUCUGUGCAACAGACGCUGCAAGUCGGCUCUGGGUUGAAGCGACCCUUGGAACUGGACGAAAGUGGACGUCCGGUCAUUCAGAAACGUCAAAAACGUGGCGGUGUUGCCUCUAAGUUCUCGACCUCGAAUUUUGUUCAGCCGAAGCACUCUGAGCCCAAUGUCGCACCCACAUCCACCUCAGAGGACGAAUGGAGUGGAUUAAGUUCCGAUGAGGCAGACUCAGAUGAUUCCGAAGGCGUCGAAGGAGAAUCAGGGGGCGAAGAGGAGGAUGAGUCGGAGGUUUCGGAUGAACAAUCCAGCUCCGAAGACGAGGAGAUGUCCGACGACGGCAGUGAUGAUGAUGGUUCGACUGGUGGGCCAGACGAGAAGAGAGAACGCUCCUCCGCAUUCAAGGCAUGGGCCCAUCAACAACGGAACGAGGCCCUGGGAUACAAACCGGUAGAAUCGACAUCCGCUUUGCUGGACCUUCCGGUCAUCAAGGACUUCCAGCCGCGACCCCUAGAGCAAGAUCCCCUACCCCUCGAGUUGCAGCCAACGGAAAACCUCGCAAGAAAAGCGUAUAGUGUCACGGUCGCAAGGUCGACAGAGAUACAGGAAGCAAGACUAAAACUGCCUGUUGUGGCGGAGGAGCAAAAAAUCAUGGAAGCGAUCCACAACAACAACAUUGUGGUCGUUUGUGGUUCAACUGGUUCUGGAAAGACAACUCAAGUGCCGCAAUUUCUUUUCGAGGCCGGUUAUGGAUCUCCCAACUCUCCGACGCCCGGCCUGAUCGGCGUGACCCAGCCAAGAAAGGUGGCCGCUGUCAGUAUGUCGAAGCGAGUGGGACAGGAACUGGGAGACCAUGGCCAGAAAGUUGCUUAUCAGAUUCGAUUCGAGGGUACGGCGGACGAGAAGACGGCGAUCAAGUUCAUGACAGAUGGUGUGCUUCUCCGCGAAGUCUCCAGCGAUAUCGCUCUGCGCAAAUACUCAGCUGUGAUUAUCGACGAGGCCCACGAGAGAAGCGUAAACACAGACAUCCUUAUUGGAAUGUUGAGUCGUGUGGUCAAGCUGCGGCAGGAACUGGCGGACGAAGAUCCAACAGUCCAACCCCUGAAGCUUAUCAUUAUGUCGGCAACCCUGCGUAUAGACGACUUGACCAAGAACCCAACCUUGUUCCCGACGCCGCCACCCGUCUUAGAUGUCGAGGGACGGCAAUUUCCUGUUACAAUACAUUUUGCACGCCAGACGCGGCACGACUAUGUAGAAGAGGCUUUCAAGAAGAUCACAAGAGGACACAAGAAGCUACCUCCCGGCGGCAUGCUCGUGUUCCUCACAGGCCACGACGAGAUUUCACGUUUAAGCAAGAAGCUUAGAGAAGCGUCAGGGGGGAUGAGCACGGCAGCUUACCCAAAGGUUCGGAUAUCUGCCAACGAUGCGCCGCUUGAGGUGGAAGAUAUCGAGUUCGGGCAAACAAACGACGCUACCCAAGAUGAUUACGACGAGAUUAACUUUAUCGACGAGGAAGAUGGGGAAGACGAAGAGGAUGACGACAAGGAAUUUGAUAUCCCGGACGAGGAAGCAGGAACAGGUCCUCUGAAGAUGCAUAUUCUGCCCCUUUACUCUCUUUUGCCGACGCGAGAACAGAUGCGGGUAUUUGAUCCACCACCAGAAGGCUCGCGACAGAUCAUAUUGGCGACCAACGUUGCCGAAACAAGUUUGACGAUUCCUGGCAUCCGCUACGUCUUCGACUGCGGACGAGCUAAGGAAAGGCGUUUCGACAAAGAGAGUGGUGUUCAGAGCUACCAAAUCGGCUGGAUCAGCAAGGCGAGCGCAAACCAAAGAUCUGGCCGUGCUGGACGUACAGGCCCCGGCCAUUGCUACAGGCUGUACUCCUCCGCAGUAUACGAGAGGGACUUUGCUGAAUUUGCUGACCCAGAGCUGCUCAGAAUGCCAAUUGAGGGCAUCGUACUGCAACUCAAGGCAAUGAGACUCCAGCACGUGGUCAACUUCCCCUUUCCAACACCCCCCAACAGACAGAGCCUGGCCAAGGCCGAGAAGCUGCUGACCUACCUCUCUGCCAUCACACCCGAGGGUCAGGCAACCGACAUCGGAUCUACCAUGGCCAGAUUCCCUUUGCCGCCUCGUUUCGCCCGUAUCCUUCUCAUUGGGCACCUUCACGAUUGCAUGCCCUAUACGAUUGCAUUGGUGGCUGGUCUCUCGGUUGCAGAGAUAUUCAUUCCGGAGAACGUUGCCAUACCCACUCUCUCCGAUCGGGAAGAAGGGGCUUACCGCACUAACGAGGACGUCAUCGCCGAGACCCAGCAGGCGCGAGCAAGGCAAAAGUUCAAUCAGGUCCAUAGGAACUUCCGCUCCCUAGACGACGCAUCUGAUGCGAUCAAGCUGCUUCAGGUCGUUGGAGAGUUCGCCCAUGAUCCCACCGAACAGUUCUGCGAGAACCACUUUGUCAGGUUCAAGGCCCUCCAGGAGACCCAGAAGCUUCGGAAGCAGAUCACCAGCCUUUUGCAGAAGGAUAUCCCGGCGUUUGCCAACCUGACCUACCAGGACAAGCUGGACCGCCCAUCAGCAAAGCAAAUCACGGCUCUCAAGCAGAUGGUGGCCGCCGGAUUCAUUGAUCAGGUCGCCAUCCGCAGCGACCUGGCUCCUGUGCCUCCUGAGAUGCACCGCAAGCCCCGCCGCGCCAUCGACGUCCCCUACGUACCACUGCACCCCAUCGACGCGCUCGGCGACGACACCAUGGACCGGUCGGUCUACAUCCACCCGAGCUCGUCGCUCGCGCACUUCAGCCCGCAGGAGUGCCCCGAGUACAUCGUGUACGCGCAUCUGCAACGCGCCACGCCGGGGGUCGACGCCGUCAAGCAGCCGAGGGCGCGCAUGAUCGCGCUGUCGGACAUCACGGGGGCGCAGCUCGCGGCGCUGGCCAAGGGCACCCCGCUGCUCAGCUACGGGAAGCCCAUCAAGGAGGUCAAGACGGAUGACCCGGCCGUGAGGGAGGCCUAUGUGGUGCCGUAUCUCCGGGCCGAGAAUACAGGCGGCCAAGGGUGGCCUCUGCCGGUCAAGAAGAUCGUGCAGAAGAGGAUCGCUGGCAAGGGUUGGGUUGCGCAAUAA